AUGAAAACGUUUUUAAUUUCCUUAUCUUAUUUAUGGUAUUAUAGAAUAAAUAAAAUGGGUGUUGAUUGUUCUUGCUUAAAGGAAGGUGGCCUUUCAAAUGAAGAAAUGGACAUGAGCAGAAGGACUAAAGCUCCAUUGAAGCAGGAAACCGGAAAUUAUGAUGAAAAAGCAGCAAUCAUCAUUCAAGACAACAAUAGAAAUUUGAAGGAAGACGUUAAGGAAGAAGAAGAAGAAGAUAGCAUAAUCAAGGUUCAUCCUCAAAUAAAUGCAAAAGAAGAGAACUUAGAAGUAUCAAAUGAUGAGCUGCAACAACAGCCAGAUGCCAAGCAAAAAGUAAGCAGAGAUGACGUCUGCAUACAAAGCGCAGCAAGAGGCUAUUUAGUAAGAAAAGAAAUUGCUGCUUCCAAAAAUGUUAAAAGACUUGAUCCAACAAAAAUAUACACUCCUUUCACUGAUUCUUUAUCUUCAAAAAUAGCUAAAACUGUUAGAAAGCUGGAAAAAGAAUUAGGUAAAUACAAACCUCAAGCUCCAGAAGAUGACCACGAAAAUGUAGCUCAUUUUGCAGCUGUUGAACUUGAAGAUGGGUCUAUUUAUGAGGGGGAAUGGAACGAGCUCGGAGAAAAGCAUGGGCUUGGCGUUGAAAUCGGUCAAGACGGCUCGAAAUAUGUAGGGUACUUUAAAAAUAACAAAAAGGCCGGCAAUGGAAGAUUUAUUAGUGCAGAUGGAGAACUUUAUGAAGGAGAAUUCAAAAGAGGGCAACCUUCUGGGAAUGGAGUUCUUCAAAAACCAGAUGGAUCAAGAUAUGAAGGGAGCUUUAGAAAUGGAACUCCAUAUGGUAAAGGUAAAGAAAAGCUUGAGGACGGAUCUAUUUUUGAAGGAGAGUUUAAAAAUGGGCAAAAAAAUGGAACGGGGAUAAUUAGAUGGGAAAAUGGAAAUGUUUUUGAAGGGGAGUUCAAAAAUGACAUUAUAGAAGGCUAUGGAGUUUUUACAUGGGCAGAAGGGAAAAAAUAUGAAGGCGAGUGGAAAGAUAGUUUAAUGCAUGGGCAUGGCGUUCUUACUUGGCCAAAUGGCCAAGUUUAUGAUGGAGAAUUUAAAGAAGGAAAGCAAGAUGGAGAAGGGACUCAAACCUUUGAAAAUAAAAAGACAAAAACAUUUGAAACUCGAAGAGGGAUUUGGAAAAAUGGAAACAGGACGGAGUGGCUCAAAGAAAAAAGUAAAAAGAAAGAAUAA